AUGUUCUCCUGCUGCCGCCGCCCCUCGUCCCCCAAGACCAUCGUCGCUGGAGAUGGAGAUGGCGACCCAAAGCCACAGAAAGGAAGCGAGCUCGCCUCUUCAACGGCCGCUGUUGACGUGGUGAAUGAGACACCAGCGUCAAGCACCGCGAAGCCACAACAGCGGCCUUCCAGCGAAGAAGAGCAGCGAGGCGACAAUGGCGAAGACGCAAAGGGCGUGACACAACACCAAGCACACCCAGCACCGACCACUUCGACUACUGUUUCUGCCGAGGACGAACAUGCGAUCCGCAAGGAAGGCGUGUCGCCUGCUGGGCUGCGCCAGUUCCUUGCCGAUCUCAAGGCCGCACACCCAGACACGUACCAGAAGAUGACCACCAAAGAGGCGUGCGACAGCGUGGUGAUCCCACGCACCAAGGCGAAGCAGUGUGCGUAUGUCGACGUCAUGGAUCCACAGCACGUGGGCAGGAAGGCGACCGUGUUUGUGUCGCACGCGUGGCGCUACAAGAUCGUGGACGUGAUUGGCACCCUCCUGGAGUUUGCAGGCGAGCAAGGCGAGGACGAAGUACGAGUCUUCUUCUGGUUCGAUCUCUUCAUCAACAACCAGAACACGGACAUCACAGCCAACCUUCCUCAAGAGUGGUGGAGCACGACGUUCAAGGAGUCCAUUGCUGCGAUCGGCCACGUGCUGCUGGUGUUGACACCGUGGCACGACCCCGUGCCGCUGACACGGGCAUGGUGCCUGUGGGAGAUCUUCUGCAGCGCAAGUCAGGAAGACGUGCAGCUCACCAUCCGGCUGCCGAACGCAGAGCGAGACGCGCUGAAGGAGGCUGUGCUGGAGACCUACGAGGCCGUAACAGACGCAAUGGUGCGCGUGCAGGCCGAGCGGGCAGAUGCCUGGGACCCCAAGGACAAGGAGAUGAUCUUCAAGGCGAUUGAGGACGGUGUUGGCUUCCUACACUUGAACAAGGUGGUCAAGGACCAGAUGCGGAGCUGGUGCCUGCAACAAGUGGCGGGUUUUGUUGAGGAAUCAGAAGACGUCAAAGGUGGUGGAAACGCAGAGCCAGCACUCUUGUGCAACAAGGUUGGGUUGUUGAUGGACAGCUUUGGUGAGCAUGACCGCGCCAUCGACUACUUCCAGAAGAGCCUGCAGAUGCAGCUCGACACGCUGGGGGAGAAGCACCCACAUACAGCAACUACCUACAACAAUCUGGGCUGUUCGUACGACGACAGGGGUCAGUAUGACCUUGCCAUUGAGUACUUCCUGAAGAGCCUCCAGAUCAAGGUGGACACACUGGGUGAAAUGCAUCCAGGCACAGCAACCACAUACGACAAUUUGGGCCUGGCGUACAAGAACAAAGCUGAAUAUGACCGCGCCAUUGAGUGCUACGAGAAAAGUCUGCAGAUUAAGCUGGACACGCUGGGGACCAAACACCUGGAGACAGCGGUCACGUACCAUAAUCUUGGCCAAGUUUACAACAAGAAGGGCCAGUUUGACGACGCCAUUGAGUUCUAUCAGAAGAGCCUGCAGAUCAAGAUGGACGCGUUGGGAGAGAAGCACCCCAGAACAGCAACAACCUGCCACAACAUAGGCCAGGUGUACGCUGCCAAGGGCGAGUAUGAUCGCGCCAUCUCUUUCUACAAGAGGAGCCUGCAGAUCAGGCUGGACACCUUAGGGUCAAAGCAUCCCGACACAGCGACCACACAUCAUGACAUGGGCCACGUGUACUAUCGUAAAGGCGAACAUGACCGCGCCAUUGAGUGCUACGAAAAGGGCCUUCAGAGUUACCUCGACACACUGGGGCCCCAGCACCCGCACACAGCCACCACGUACGCUUCCCUUGGUCAGGUGCAUGGUGUGAAGGGUGAGUAUGACCGCGCCAUCCAUUACUAUCAACAGUGCCUGCAGAUAAGGUUGGACACGCUAGGCGAGAAGCAUCCAUCCACAGCAUCCACGUACAACAACAUGGGCCAGGUGUACUCCGGCAAGGGCGAGCAUGACCGCGCCAUUGAGUAUUAUCAGAAGAGCUUGCAGAUUGCGCUGGACACGUUGGGGGAGAAGCACCCAGACACGGCAGCCACAUACAACAACAUUGGGCAGGUGUAUUACGCCAAGAGCCAGUAUGACCGCGCUACUCAUUAUUUCGAGAAGAGCGUCGAGAUCAAGUUGGACAUGUUUGGUGAGAAGCACCCAGACACAGCAACCACGUACAGCAACCUCGGGGCUGUGCACGACAGCAAGGGUGAGUAUGACCGCGCCAUACACUACUACCAGAAGUGCCUGCAGAUCCGACUGGACACGUUGGGCGAGAAGCAUCUAUCCACAGCAUCCACAUAUGGAAGCCUGGCUGGAGUGUACUACAGCAAGGGCGAGUAUGACUGUGCCAUUGAUCGCUACCAGAAGAGCCUCCACAUACAGCUCGACACGUUGGGGGAGAAGCACCCAGACACAGCAACCACUUUCGGCAGCCUGGGCCUGGCGCACUACAGCAAGGGCGAGUAUGAUCGCGCCAGGCAGUUGAUACAGCAGGCUGCUGAUACACAUGAUGGCCACCCUCGGUCCACACCACCCAAACACCAAGCAUGCACAGCAGUGGCUCGAUUCAUUGCGUGAGUAGCAAGACUUUUGUAGUUCACCGCACGGGUUGCAUUCAUUGUCAGCGUGUUUUGCCCAUUCAUUGCCUCUGCGUUCUUAGGCGUAGCCUUGUCCUGUGUCCCUCUUCUUCCUUUCUACACAUGUUUGUUGCUGUUCUCAUUUCACCGUCGUGGACCUCGUUUUGUUUCACCAAGUUGUGGUGUAAGGCUCAUGUGCCAUCUUCUUGAAGUCUUGAGUUCACGCUUUUUGUCUUAUUCAGAGGAAUACACAGUUUCAGGUUGC